UCCGCCGUCCAACAGCCUGAUCAGGGCUUUACUCUGCCUCUCUCUCCCAGGACAUCCCUCUAUCUGGAGAAGACCAGCGCACACUGGAGGUGAGCCGAGGCCGCAAGGUAGUAGUCACCACCAAGAUCCGGGUCGGACCGAGACUCGCUCCUCGUCUCCUCUGCAGCAGCAUCUCUUCUCUGUGCCAGGUAGAACCAGCAUCAUGUCUGUGGCCGGACUCAAGAAGCAAUUCCACAAAGCCACUCAGAGGGUGAGUGAGAAGGUUGGAGGAGCAGAAGGAACGAAGCUCGAUGAUGACUUCACUGAAAUGGAAAAGAAGGUGGACGCCACCAGUCGAGCGGUGCUGGACAUCAUGACCAAGACCACCGAGUACCUGCAGCCAAACCCAGCCACCAGAGCCAAGAUGAGCAUGAUGAGCUCCAUGUCACGCAUGCGAGGCCAGGAGAAGGGGCCGGGCUACACGCAGACCGAGACCGUCCUGGGGGAGUCCAUGCAGAAGUUUGGCAGGGAGCUUGGAGAGGAGUCUAACUUUGGUCUCGCUCUGAUGGAUGUUGGAGAAUCCAUGCAUGAGCUUGGUGAGGUCAAGGAUGCUCUGGACAUGGAGGUGAAGCAAAAUUUCAUUGAUCCAAUGCAGAACCUCCAUGAAAAAGAUCUCAAGGAGAUUCAGCAUCACCUGAAGAAACUGGAGGGUCGUCGUCUGGACUUUGAUUAUAAGAAGAAACGUCAGGGCAAAGUGACAGAAGAUGAGAUCAAACAAGCACUUGAGAAAUUUGAUGACUCCAAGGACAUUGCUGAGCAGAGCAUGUUCAACCUGUUGGAGAGUGAUAUCGAGCAGGUGAGCCAGCUGGCUGCGUUGGUCCAUGCUCAGGUGGAGUAUCACGCCCGGUCUGCCGAGAUCCUCACACAGCUCUCCAGCAAAAUCGAUGAACGCAUAAGGGAUACCUCUGUCAAACCGAGGAAAGAGUUUGUCCCGAAACCGCGUACGUCUUUGGACUUCUCUUCCAUCAGUGAGAACCACAAUGGAGGCAUCCACGGUGCUCGUUCUCCAGCUCCCUUGGACCAGCCCUGCUGUCGCGCACUGUACGACUUCGACCCCGAGAAUCAGGGUGAGCUAGGCUUCAAGGAAGGUGAUAUCAUCACCCUCACCAAUAAGAUCGAUGACAACUGGUACGAGGGGAUGCUGCACGGGAACUCAGGCUUUUUUCCCAUCAACUAUGUGGACAUCCUGGUGCCGUUGCCUAACUAAGAAGUCCAGAUGACCAUCUGCCUCCGCAACAUGUCCUGGCCUCCAGUUCCAUUAUUCCCACUAACCUUCUCAGAAAUUUCUUUCCUUCUAACCAGCUUCGCUCCUCCUUCAACAAGUCUAAACCACAACUAAACAGUAACAAAAUCAAAAUGUGAGUAAGAGCGAUGAUGUUUAAGUGUAAGCAUGCACCAAACGAGUGCAAAAAAUAUAUGUAAUGAAGAUGGGGGGAGAAAAAAAAGUAGGAGUGAUAUGAUGGUUUUCUUAAUCCCAGAAGGUACCUUCAGGGUUCUGUAAGCAUUUCAGCCAUUCCUGUCCUGGUUUUCGUCUUACUUUAAGUUGGCUGUCAGUCCAUCUUGAGUUUUUUUGGUUUUGUUUUGUUUUUUGUGUAGCAGCUUUUCAAAUUCAUACUGUCUCUCAAUCUUUAUACUCUCUGCAACCCUCUACAGUAGAUAGCUUUUCUCCAACAUGCCACAGAACACAGUACAACUUGUCCACGUGCUUUACGUUUGUUAGAAUAUAGGCCGAGCAUGUUUUUCAAGGUUUUUUUUCAUAUAAAAAUAUUAAUUGAACUGAAUGGUUUUAUUUUAAAUAUUCCUCACCUUAUUAACGGUUGUCUCUUGAUGCGUUGGGGCAUCCUCUGAAGAAAGGAUGCACUGUCCAGACGGGCUUUCACUAAAGUCGUGGACAGAAUCAAGCUGACAGCUGAGCAUGUUUACUUUUUACCCAUUCAACAAGUGCAAAUGAUUGGCCAUAAUAUGAAAGAUUUAGACCAAAGUCGGGUCAGUGUUAGCAGAUCUGUUCGAUGCAUCAGGGUGAAGCUUGCUGUCUUUUCGUUCCCUGGGACUUUUACCAGACAAGGAACAACGCUUCCUCCAAGUCAAUGAUUUGCAAAACUGCAAUAUGUGAAGUUUAAACUGUUUGAAGUGACGUGAGAAAACUAUGGUGAAUAAGUUUUAGUCCUCUGAAAUAUACUUUAUAAGCAACACGAAGCAUGGUUGGUGUAUUGUGACGACGUUUCUUAAAGGGCUUGACCGCUCAUCUUCUGCAGCUGCAGGUGUAGCUCUGCUCGCUGCAGCCCUGUUGGUCUUGUUAGUACUCUGUAAACUGUAAGUAGCUGUAAACUAAGAGGAGGUUAGAGGUGAAUACUACCAGGAGGACAAAUGAGUGCACAAAGUAGACUGAGAAAAUUUUUUGACUUGAUGGAAAAACCUUUUAACAUCUGAAAUUAUGCAAUAGACACUAAAAGCCCCUUUUGUUUGUAUUAAUGCAGACAAAUAGUUCUGUUCACUUCUUCACAUAUUGGACCUCAAAUAAAAAAAAAUAAAAUCUACCGUGCAUGAAUUAAUUUACCCUGACCUGCCAUGCGCGGCAUUGUGUGGGAAUGUUUUCCAGUCCGACUGAGAAUCCCCCACGUCAGUGGGGACUACAUGUGCACAGCACACUCGGUGCACACAUCAAUCCUGAGGCUUUAUUUUCUGCAGCUUUGAUGAUGUAUUAACCUGUCUGCUGCUCGACAGCAACACUGUUUGUUUAAGCACAUGUUGUAGUAAUGUCGUGUGUGUAUUUAAGGGGAGUGGGUGUGUAUUUGGGUUUGCAUACUGAUCAUGUUAUGCAAGGGGGACGGGGUUACAGAGGACCUCUGCAGCUGAGGUAGUUAAGAUAUACUGUCUCUGACAGUGUUCCUCAUUAAAUCAAGCAUCAAUUCAUUAUGUCGAGCGGAGCUGCAAUAACUGAUGCAAAACUAACAGAUAACAAAUUAAGUGUUACUUUUCCUUUCAAAGGGAAGCACAACUAACAGACGGUAUGCUUUGUUGGCUGAAGAAGAAUAAUGAUACAGUUUGAAAAGGUCAUGUGUCAGUUUAUUUUUUAAGGCAAAACAAAUCCUUCCUUCUUUCACUUUUUUUUUAAGAAUGUUGUGUAUUUUUGCCCUCAAUGAGGACUGUACAGCUUUUUGUGUUUUGUUUUCACCUUGUGUGUAUAGUCAUGCAUCUAUAGUAACGUAUCAUAUUUUUGUAACUGUGACAAAAGUAUACACAUACAGAAUAGAUGUAUAUAUAUCCAUAUAUAUAUAUAUGUACGAUAUGUUACCCAGAAGUGAUAUUACAGGAUGGAUUCUCUGUGCUGCACAUGAUUGUCUUUGGGAUGUUUUUUGUGUUUUGUUUUGUUUCUGUUUUAUUCUGUUCUUGCACUGGAUUCUAAAAAGUGUAUGCUUGAUGUAAAGAAAAUAACGCGAUAAGUCAGUGUAAUUUAUUCAAAUAAAUACCAGUAAGUGAU